AUGGCACCGGCGAGAGAGAAGAGAGGUCUAUGGGCGGCUUCGUUCAUAGCCUUCACCCUGGGGCUUGCAUGGAUUCCGAGCGUCGCGGCCGACUGGCAAUACAAAUCUAGGCCCGACCUAGCACCUCCAAGACUGAACAUCACAAUCCCGGCCAGCAAGGAGGUCGAGAAGGGCUAUUUGUUCAUGGCUCCCUUCUCUGGAUAUCCCGAGGGGACCCAUCACGGGCCUGCCCAGGCGGCACCGUACAUCUUUACCGACACGGGUGAUCUGGUCUGGUCGGGGUUCACCUACUUCUCCAUCUGGGCGACCAACUUCCAGAUGGCACGAUACAAGGGGAAAGACAUUCUCUUCUGCUUCGAAGGAAGCCACAAUGCCGCCUACGGUCACGGCCACGGCCACACGACGUUUCUCGACCAAAACUAUGAGACCAUCAAAGAACUCCGAGCCGGGAACCAUCGCUUAACGGACAAACACGAGUUCCACAUCAUCAACGAGGAGACGGCCUUGAUUCAAAUCUACCACCCGGUGCCUUACAAUCUGACCGCCUACGGGGGUAGCGACGAGCAGCAGUGGAUCGUCGACGCCCGGUUUCAAGAACUUGAUAUCGAGACUGGAGCGGUUUUGUUCGAGUGGAGCAGUCUCGAACAUGUUGACCCAUCAGAGGGCUAUCUUCCACUCAACCCGGGGCAAGCAGGCGCCGGGUACAACAGCUCGGACGCAUGGGACUACUUCCACAUCAACUCGGUGGACAAGGAUGACCAGGGGAACUACCUGAUCUCGGCCCGAGACGCCAACGCGGUGUACAAGGUCGACGGGCGGACGGGCGAGAUCAUGUGGCAACUGUCGGGCAAGUCGUCCAGCUUCAAGAUGGGCGACGAGGUCGAGUUCGCCUUCCAGCACCACGCUCGGUUCCAAGCCCGGUCGGAGAACGGCACCAAAGAGAUCAUCAGCCUGUACGACAACUCGGCCCACGGCACUGAGAGCGGGCACGGGCACGAGGUGCACUUCUACAACAUCUCGCGCGGCAAGAUCAUCGAGGUCGACACUGAGACCUGGGAGGCGACCAUCGUCCAGGCCUUCCACCCGCCCGACGACCUGCUCUCCAAGUCGCAGGGGUCGACCCAGCUGCUGCCCAACGGCAACGUCCUGGUCAACUGGGGCUCCGAGGGCGCCAUGACCGAGUUCAAGUCCGACGGCACCCCGAUCUUCCACACCUACAUGGACUCGGACUACCUGGGAUCGGGGGUCCAGAACUACCGGGGCUUCCGCUACAACUGGACGGGCAUCCCCCACGAGGCGCCCGCCAUCGUCGCCCUCGAGGACGAGGAUGCCGCCGCCACCAACGUCUAUGUGUCGUGGAACGGCGACACCCGGACCAAGGCCUGGCGCUUCUACGAGGUUCUGGGCGGGCGCCGGUCCUUCAUCGGCCAGGUCGACCGGGAGAGCUUCGAGACCGUCCUCACCAUCGCCCGCGUGGGUGUCAAAAGCGUCCAGGCCGAGGCGUUGGAUGCCGAGGGCUCGGUUCUGGUCGACACGUCGGCCGUCAAGCCCGAGAUCAUGAUCCACGAGUUCAAGGGAGAGAGCAAGGUGAACAAAGGCCGGACUGGCCUGGUCCCAUGGCUCACCAUCAAGGGGCAGAAGUUCUUCAAGGCUGGAGAUUUGUAA